UCCCCCCAGAUUAUUUUGGCCUCAGAGAUACCAUCAUCUUUUGUUCCCGUUUUCUUCUUGCCACCGCGUCUCCGUUAGAUUCUCCCGUCGGGUAGCCUUUUUGCCUCUUUUCUCUCUCAUAAUGAAGUUCACGCAAAUCGCCGGUGUCCUCGCCGCCCUGACGAGCUCAACUGGGGUUCUGGCACAGCAACAAACAAACAACCAGACCGGGCCCUUCUUGCUCAAGCUUACGUCGGCCAACGAGACACUCAACGGCAACUACCUUGGUGCCUGCCAUGCCGGUGCCGCGAUUGAGGCUCUCUGCCUUAUCGGCAAGAACAUAUCGACCAUCAACAGGUCGGCGGCGACGUUCUUCUGGAACUACACCAUCUACGACGGGCAGCCUUCGGAAUCUGGAUCUCUGGUCUGGACCUUGCAACUGUCUGGAGGCAUCAUGAACGUGUCGGAGCCCCUGUCGGUCACGUACAAUCCUGGAACCAAUGUGGCGGUGCCAAUGCUUACUCCGGGCGGAGUUGCACAGCAAGUGGGCUUCAACGGCAGCACGCUGUACGUACCUGGAUAUCCCGACGACUCCAACUUCAAGUAUGGCGAGUACCCGACGAACCUGUCGACGACGCAGUUGACCAACUGGCAAGCGUGCUGGCUGUUCGCGGGGAGCUACUACUACAAUGCGCUCGCGUGGGUCACUAGCGGCGCCCCGCACAACCCGACGUGCCAAGCCGUGGGCGUGUUGAGGGAGGAUGCUUAGGAAACACCUCACAGGUUGAAGCGCCCGAACAGGAUGAAGUGGAAGAGGACGAGGAUGAGGGUGAGGACGAGGAGGACCAAGAGGAGGCUUGACG